CCAUACAUUCCACACUGAAGUCACCUGACCGGGAGUUUUUCACGUGACAUAACAAGCGCCUUCCAAAAGCUGAAUUCUCGCCUGACAAACAGCGGGUUUAACAGUAAGCCACUACGAUGAGGCUGGUGAUUCUGGAGGACUAUGACCUGGCUAGUGAGUGGGCGGCCAAAUACAUCCGCAACAGAAUCAUCCAGUUCAAACCCUCCGCCGAGAGGUACUUCACCAUGGGCUUACCCACAGGGAGCACGCCCUACGGCUGCUACCAGAAGCUAAUAGAAUACUACAGGAGUGGAGAUAUUUCUUUCAAAUAUGUGAAGACCUUCAACAUGGAUGAAUAUGUAGGUCUGCCUCGUGGUCACCCAGAGAGCUAUCACUCAUACAUGUGGAACAACUUCUUCAAGCACAUCGACAUCGAUCCUGCCAACGCUCACGUCCUGGACGGGAACGUGGAGGACCUGGAGGCCGAGUGUCAGGCGUAUGAGCAGAAGAUCAGCGAGGCGGGGGGAAUCGAGCUGUUCGUAGGAGGUAUCGGCCCUGAUGGCCACAUAGCGUUCAACGAGCCGGGCUCCAGCCUAGUCUCCAGGACCAGAGUGAAAACGCUGGCUAACGACACCAUCGUGGCUAACGCCCGUUUCUUUGGCAACGACCUCUCCAAGGUCCCCACCAUGGCUCUGACGGUGGGCGUGGGAACUGUCAUGGACGCCAAAGAGGUGAUGAUUCUGAUCACAGGGGCACACAAAGCCUUUGCUCUGUACAAAGCCAUAGAGGAGGGGGUAAACCACAUGUGGACCGUGUCAGCGUUCCAGCAGCACCCCUGCACCAACUUCAUCUGUGACGAGGACGCCACCCUGGAGCUGCGAGUCAAAACUGUGAAGUACUUCAAAGGUUUGAUGCAUGUCCAUAAUCGGCUGGUGGACCCAGUGCUCAGCAUAAAGGACCAGUGAAGAACAGACGGCUUGUUCCUCUGCUGCUGUUGUGUUCCUGAGGAAAUGUUGAGCAGGGACAGCCCUCUUCUUUGCACAUGCUCAGACCUGAACUGCACCUGGAUGAUGUCACAGAGUUAAUGACAGCUAAAUGUCUGGAGAAGUUCUUUGUUCAGACCUUUGCGUUUAAAGGGACAGUACCGGUUUUCUCCUGCUUAUCCCUUCUAGUGGUCUUCAUCUUCGCUCUGUUUGAAAACUUUAAAAUAAUGACAGAUAAGCUUCGUUUUGUGAAGUGUUUGACAUGAACCCACACUACUUCUGUUCUACAGGUGAAGGGUUAUUUUUUAUUAUGAUUAAGUAUAGACUUUGUUACACACCAAAUUCAUGAUUGAACAGGAAACUAAUACUCUGAAUAUUGCUAAUAUCUAAAUAGCCAUUAUGGCACCUACUAACCUAAAAAGUGACCUUAGACUCUGGUCAAACAGAGAUUUUGAAUGUAUGGAUGUGAAGUGUGCUCUCCUUUCAGCCAUCUGCAGAGCCCACCACAGAUAAAUGUUACAGAAGAACACAAAACAUGAGGAUCCAAUUUUUUUUUGCACCUAGGGUAAGCAUCUGCUAGCUGGAUUGCAUUUUUUUGGUAACACUUUGCUUGUAUGGUCAGUAUCCUGCAGUCUUUCUUUCCAGUGUGAAGGAGGGAUUAGUUUCUAUCUUUAGUGUUAACUUCCUGUUCACUCCGUCUGUUCAGCAGGCUUCUCCUUGUUAGUGUUUCAGCUAUUUAGUUUUGAACACUUUAUAUUGUAAAGACAAUACAUUGUUGAGUGUUUUUGCUUUGUACUUUGUACUGAAAUAAAGUUGAAAUGGAUAA